AUUCCGCACUGGCUCACGAGGACAGAAUCGUAAUUGCGCUUCCUUCCUCAGUUCCUCUUCCUUUCCCGCGAUCUCCGCGUUUCUUCUACUGGCAAUCUUUCCCCGUUUAAACCUCUCAUUUCCAAACCCUUCUCUUCGUUCCAAGCAUCACUGUUCGACCCGACCCGACCCGAAUACGAACACAAAGAAGUCAAGUUGGACUGAGUCAGGCUGCCAAAACUCGCAUCUAGCUCCGAUUGCCGCGACACGGCGUCGUACCGGUCAUGGCUAGGGUUCAAGGCAACUGGGAGAGACUGGUGCGCGCGACGCUGCAGAGGGAGCAGCGGCGUAGGAGUGCCGGCCAAGGCCAUGAGAGAAUCCCCAGUGGGAUCGCCGGCGCGGUCCCUCCCUCGCUCGUGAAGUCGACCAACAUCGAUGAGAUCUUACAGGCCGCCGAUGAGAUCCAAUCCGAGGACCCCAAUGUCGCCAGGAUUAUGUGUGAGCAGGCAUAUUCCAUGGCACAAAACCUGGACCCAAAUAGUGAUGGUCGAGGUGUUCUUCAGUUCAAGACUGGUUUGAUGUCUGUAAUAAAGCAAAAACUUGCUAAAAGGGAUGGGGGCCAAAUUGAUCGUAAUCGUGAUAUUGAACACCUGUGGGAAUUUUACCAACGAUACAAGACACGGCAUAGAGUGGAUGAUAUCCAAAGAGAGGAACAAAGUUUUCUGGAAUCUGGAACUUUGAGUGCUAACCUCGGAGAGUUGCAACGCAGAUCUUUGGAAAUGAAAAAGGUAAUGGCUACCUUGAGGGCCAUAGUUGAGGUCAUGAAGUCACUAAGCAAAGAUGCAGAUCCUGAUGGAGUUGGAAGGCUUAUAACUGAGGAGCUGCGAAGAAUCAAAAGGUCUGAUGCGACACUAUCGGCGGAACUCACACCCUACAAUAUUGUCCCUUUGGAAGCUCUGUCAUUGACCAAUGCAAUUAGAUUUUUUCCGGAAGUCAAAGGUGCAAUAUCUGCAAUUAGAUAUACUGAACGACUUCCUGCCGAUUUUGAGAUUUUUGGACAAAGGGAUGCAGAUAUGUUCGAUCUUCUGGAAUGCGUGUUUGGUUUUCAGAGAGACAAUAUACGGAACCAACGUGAGAAUGUUGUUCUUACAAUAGCCAAUGCACAGACUCGACUUGGCAUCCCUGUUGAGGCUGAUCCGAAAAUAGAUGAAAAAGCGAUAAAUGAGGUUUUCUCGAAGGUGCUUGGUAAUUAUAUUAAAUGGUGCAAGUACUUGCGGAUACGCCUUGCUUGGAACAGCAUAGAUGCAAUUAAUAGGGACAGGAAGCUUUUUCUGAUUUCAUUGUACUUUCUUAUCUGGGGUGAAGCUGCAAAUGUCCGUUUCCUUCCUGAAUGCAUUUGCUAUAUAUUCCACCAUAUGGCAAAAGAGUUAGAUGCAAUAUUGGAUCGUGGAGAAGCAAAUCGUGCUGCCAGCUGUAUAACUGAAAGUGGUUCUGUGUCCUUUCUUGAGCAAAUCAUUUGCCCUAUAUAUGAGACGAUGAAAGCGGAAGCUGCUAGAAACAAUAAUGGGAAAGCUGCACAUUCAGAAUGGCGGAAUUAUGAUGACUUUAAUGAAUAUUUUUGGUCAUCUGUUUGCUUUGAGUUAAAGUGGCCAAUGAGGAGGGAGUCACCAUUCUUUUUGAAGCCUAAAAAGCGGAAAAGGACUGGUAAAAGCACCUUUGUUGAGCAUAGGACAUUUCUGCACUUAUAUCGAAGCUUUCAUCGCCUUUGGAUCUUUUUGGUGUUAAUGUUCCAGGGUUUGACGAUCAUAGCCUUCAAGAAUGGACGCAUCAAUUUGGAUACUUUUAAGAUUGUACUUAGUGUUGGGCCAUCUUUUGCUAUCAUGAAUUUUAUAGAGAGUUGUUUAGAUGUCUUGCUUAUGUUUGGGGCUUACACCACAGCAAGAGGCAUGGCUAUCUCAAGGCUUGUUAUUAGGUUUUUCUGGUGUGGCUUGAGCUCUGUAUUCGUCACCUAUAUUUACCUGAAGCUUCUGCAGGAAAGAAAUAACGGGAACUCAAAUAAUUCAUUCUAUUUCCGAAUAUACAUUCUUGUAGUGGGUGUUUAUGCGGCUUUACGACUAGCCUUUGCAUUUCUACUUAAAGUUCCGGCAUGUCAUGCACUCUCUGAAAUGUCUGAUCAGUCAUUUUUUCAAUUUUUUAAGUGGAUUUAUCAGGAGAGAUACUUUGUUGGGCGUGGCCUUUUUGAGAGGAUGAGUGAUUAUUGCAGGUAUGUGCUCUAUUGGUUGGUGAUCUUUACAUGCAAGUUCACAUUUGCUUACUUUCUCCAGAUCAAACCUCUUGUGAAACCCACCAAUAUUAUUGUGGCCCUUCCAUCUUUGACUUACUCAUGGCAUGAUUUAGUAUCAAAGAACAAUAAGAAUGCCUUGACUGUAGCUAGUUUGUGGGCUCCUGUUGUGGCUAUCUACAUCAUGGACAUCCACAUUUGGUACACUGUUUUAUCAGCAGUUGUUGGGGGUGUAAAGGGUGCACGAGCUCGGUUAGGCGAGAUACGUUCAAUUGAAAUGGUGCAUAAGCGUUUCGAGACCUUUCCUGAAGCCUUUGCCAAGAACCUUGUCUCACCACAAACCAAAAGGAUCCCCUUUGACAGACAAGCACCUCAAGUUUCACAGGAUAUGAACAAGACAUAUGCAGCCCUUUUUUCUCCAUUUUGGAAUGAGAUAAUCAAAAGCUUGCGUGAGGAAGAUUAUAUUAGUAAUAGGGAGAUGGACUUACUCUGUAUUCCUAGCAACACCGGAAGUCUAAGAUUAGUUCAAUGGCCUUUGUUUCUUCUCAGCAGUAAGAUCUUGUUGGCAGUAGAUUUGGCCUUGGACUGCAAAGAUACACAGGCUGAUCUUUGGAAUAGAAUAUGUAGGGACGAAUACAUGGCAUAUGCAGUUCAGGAGUGCUACUACAGUAUUGAAAAAAUUUUACAUUCCCUGGUUGACGGUGAAGGGAGACUUUGGGUUGAGAGGAUCUACCGUGAGAUUAACAACAGUAUACAAGAGGGUUCACUUGUUAUAACCUUAUCUCUUCAGAAGCUUCCAGUGGUGGUUUCAAGAUUUACCGCAUUGACUGGGCUCCUGAUGCGGGACGGAACUCCUGAACGUGAAAGAGGUGCUGCAAAAGCUGUCUAUGAGCUGUAUGAAGUUGUUACACAUGAGUUGCUUUCGUCUGAUUUAAGGGAGCAGCUUGAUACAUGGAACAUUUUGGCAAGAGCAAGAAAUGAAGGGCGCCUUUUUUCUAAGAUAGCAUGGCCCAAGGACCCAGAAAUUGUGGAGCAAGUAAAGCGGUUGCACCUUCUUCUCACUGUAAAGGACUCUGCAGCUAACGUUCCAAAGAAUCUUGAAGCAAGGAGAAGAUUAGAGUUCUUUACGAAUUCGUUAUUUAUGGACAUGCCUCCGGCAAAGCCAGUCAGUGAAAUGUUGCCCUUCAGUGUCUUCACCCCGUACUACAGUGAGACUGUACUCUAUAGUUCCUCUGAUUUGCGUGUUGAAAAUGAAGAUGGAAUAUCUAUUCUUUUCUAUCUUCAGAAGAUUUUUCCAGAUGAAUGGGAGAAUUUUUUGGAUCGGAUUGGCCGAAAUGAGCAGACAAGAGAUGUGGAACUUGUAGAGGGUUCAAGUGAUUCUUUGGAGCUUCGGCUUUGGGCAUCUUAUCGAGGGCAGACUCUAGCCAGGACUGUGCGUGGUAUGAUGUAUUAUAGAAGGGCUUUAAUGCUGCAGAGUUAUUUGGAAAGGAGAUCAUUGGGAGCUGGUGAUUAUUCUCAAAUGGAGUUCCCCACAGCCCAAGGUUUUGAGUUGUCUCGUGAAUCACGGGCACAAGCAGAUUUGAAGUUUACUUAUGUGGUGUCAUGCCAAAUUUAUGGUCAACAAAAGCAAAAAAAGGCACAACAGGCGGCUGAUAUUGCUCUUUUGUUGCAGAGAAAUGAAGCACUCCGAGUUGCUUUCAUACAUGAAGAGGAGAGUAGUGCAGCAGAAAAGGAAUUUUAUUCAAAGCUUGUCAAAGCUGAUAUACAUGGAAAAGAUCAGGAAAUAUUUUCCAUCAAAUUACCUGGUGACCCAAAGCUUGGAGAAGGGAAGCCUGAAAACCAAAACCAUGCUAUUAUCUUCACUCGAGGGGAAGCUGUGCAAACAAUCGACAUGAAUCAGGAUAAUUACCUUGAAGAGGCAAUGAAAAUGAGAAAUCUUCUCGAGGAAUUUCGUGGUAAUCAUGGCAUUCGACCACCCACUAUACUUGGUGUAAGGGAGCAUGUUUUUACAGGAAGUGUCUCAUCAUUAGCUUGGUUCAUGUCCAACCAAGAGACUAGCUUUGUAACCUUGGGGCAGCGUGUUUUAGCAAGUCCACUCAAAGUCCGCAUGCAUUAUGGACAUCCGGAUGUGUUUGAUCGAAUAUUUCACAUAACUCGAGGAGGCAUCAGUAAGGCAUCGCGUGUUAUCAAUAUAAGUGAGGAUAUAUAUGCAGGUUUCAACUCCACAUUGAGGCAGGGUAACAUAACACACCAUGAAUAUAUUCAGGUUGGAAAAGGAAGGGAUGUUGGAUUAAACCAGAUUGCCCUCUUUGAAGGGAAGGUGGCAGGUGGAAAUGGAGAGCAAGUCCUUAGCAGGGAUAUUUACAGGAUUGGACAACUGUUUGAUUUCUUCCGAAUGCUGUCAUUCUUUUUCACAACCGUUGGGUAUUAUGUGUGCACAAUGAUGACAGUACUUACAGUAUACAUAUUUUUAUAUGGAAGACUUUACCUGGCUUUCUCCGGACUUGAUGAAUCAAUCUCAAAGCGAGCAAAAAUGUCGGGUAACACAGCACUAGAUGCAGCUUUGAAUGCUCAGUUCUUGGUUCAGAUUGGAAUUUUUACUGCAGUUCCGAUGAUAAUGGGUUUUAUACUUGAAAUGGGAUUGCUAAAGGCUGUUUUCAGUUUUAUUACAAUGCAACUUCAGUUGUGUUCUGUCUUCUUCACAUUUUCAUUAGGAACAAGAACUCAUUAUUUUGGACGUACCAUCCUCCAUGGAGGUGCAAAAUACCGAGCAACUGGUAGAGGCUUUGUUGUCCGUCACAUCAAGUUUGCUGAAAAUUACAGGCUUUAUUCAAGAAGUCAUUUCAUCAAAGCGUUUGAGGUGGCACUGCUUCUUAUAGUUUAUAUUGCGUAUGGGUACACAGAUGGAGGUGCUGUUUCAUUUGUUUUGCUAACUAUAAGCAGUUGGUUCCUUGUCAUUUCGUGGCUCUUUGCUCCUUAUAUCUUCAAUCCCUCUGGUUUUGAGUGGCAAAAGACUGUGGAGGAUUUUGAUGAUUGGAUUGGUUGGCUUCUGUAUAAAGGUGGAGUAGGUGUGAAGGGAGAAAAUAGCUGGGAAUCUUGGUGGGAUGAAGAACAGAUGCAUAUACAAACAUUGAGAGGUCGUAUAUUGGAAACAAUUUUGAGUUUGAGGUUCUUAAUAUUCCAAUAUGGCAUCGUAUACAAACUACAUAUCACAGGAAAGGAUACAUCACUUGCGCUUUAUGGCUUCUCCUGGGCCGUACUGGUUGGCAUUGUCAUGAUAUUCAAGGUCUUUACCUACAGUCCCAAAAGAUCAACCCACUUCCAUUUAAUGAUGCGAUUUAUACAGGGAGUCACAUCCUUGGGACUUGUUGCAGCCCUCGCCCUCGUUAUUGUCUUUACUAAUCUGUCAAUAGCAGACCUGUUUGCAAGCCUCCUUGCAUUUAUUCCAACUGGAUGGGCCAUACUAUGUCUGGGAAUCACUUGGAAGAAGGUGGUGAAGAGUUUGGGGCUAUGGGAAUCAGUGCGUGAAUUUGCUAGGAUGUAUGAUGCUGGGAUGGGUAUGCUUAUUUUUGCCCCAAUUGCCGUGUUAUCAUGGUUUCCCUUCAUUUCCACCUUCCAGUCUCGCCUUCUCUUUAAUCAAGCAUUUAGCCGUGGGCUGGAGAUCUCCAUCAUUCUUGCUGGAAACAAAGCUAACAUCGAAACUUAAUUCUUCCUUCCGGCAUUUCGUAAAUAUGCAGCAGCUGUGAUGUUGUGAUUGUGUAUUUGAGAUGACAAUGCUCUAGUGUUUUAUGACCCUUAGUAUAUUUCUAGCAUGGUGUUUGUAUAGAUGGUUGUAAAAAAAACAAAAAUGUAGCGGUGGAAGCAACAUUUCUAUUUAGAGCAGGUGGUUGGUGAUAUUUUGAGUUCCACUUUUUGUAAUGUAAGGAUGUAACAUCACUGAACUU